ACACCGCACGUGUUCCAGCCGGAAGCGCCUGCUGCGGCUGAGAUUCCUGAAGAUGGCCAGCGCAAUGGAGGCACAGAGUGCCGGGGCCGAGGACGGUUUCGCCCAGGUCUCCCGCAAGGGAGGCCGGCGGGCGAAGAAACGGCAAGCUGAAGAGCUGUCCUCGGCGGCGGAGGGCGGAGAUGCGGGCCGUAUGGACACAGAGGAGGCUCGGCCCGCGAAGCGGCCCGUGUUCCCGCCCCUCUCCGGGGACGGAUUCCUGGAUGGGAAAGCAGAAACAAGGAAGAUUCCAGUCCCAGCUAACAGAUACACGCCAUUAAAAGAGAACUGGAUGAAGAUAUUUACUCCAAUUGUAGAACAUUUGGGACUUCAGAUACGCUUUAACUUGAAAUCAAGGAAUGUAGAAAUCAGGACUUGUAAGGAAACCAAGGAUGUUAGUGCUCUGACAAAAGCAGCGGAUUUUGUGAAAGCCUUCAUUCUCGGGUUUCAGGUGGAGGACGCACUUGCACUCAUUCGAUUGGAUGACCUCUUCUUAGAGUCUUUUGAAAUUACAGAUGUGAAGCCCCUAAAGGGAGACCACCUGUCGAGGGCAAUAGGGAGAAUCGCUGGCAAAGGAGGAAAGACGAAGUUCACCAUAGAGAAUGUGACACGGACGCGGAUAGUUUUAGCUGAUGUGAAAGUUCAUAUCCUUGGCUCUUUCCAAAACAUCAAGAUGGCAAGAACUGCCAUUUGCAACCUCAUCCUGGGAAAUCCUCCAUCGAAGGUUUACGGCAAUAUUCGAGCUGUGGCCAGCAGAGCAGCAGAUCGGUUCUGAUUCCAAAUCAGAGGCUUUUUUCUUGUCUUUGGACGCUAGAGAAGACGACCUUGCCCUCGACAAGUGGUCACAAGAAACCAUGUGAAGAAUUUUCAGUCACUUUUAGCCUCAGUCUCUUCUUCAGUUCUCAGCAGAAGUAUAAACAAAGAAAACGUUUGAUAGUAUUCAUUCAACAGCUUUGGGGAUAGUUUAACUAUCAAAAUUUAGUACCAUUAUUAUACUUUAAUAUACAUUAAUUUUAAUUUAUCAUACUUUUUCAUUUUAAGUUACAUGUAUAGCAGAUUUACAUAGUUUCUAAUCUUCUUAUUUGGAGGGAAAAUUCUUAUUUUUCUGGAUGAAUUUAUGUUUUUUACUUAUAAAUUUAUAAACUUUUUUUAGAGAGACAGGAAGGGAGAGGGUGAGAGAGAAACAUCGAUUGGCUGCCUCCUGCAUGAUCCAAGAUUGAGCCCGCAACACGGCAUGUGCCCCAACUGGGAAUUGAACUGGUGUCCUCUUGGUCCAUAGGAUGAAGCUCAACCAACUGAGCCAUACC